AUGGCAGGUGAAAAUCAGACCAUGCCAAUACAAUUCCACUUCUGUCCCUUUUCAAACGUUCAUGAGGUGCAGCCGCUGAUUUUUGUGAUCCUUCUGCUCAUGUACCUGAUCAGCCUGUGUGGAAAUUCUGCUGUCACUCUCGUUGUCUGCACCGAACGUUCCCUCCACACCCCCAUGUACUUCUUCCUGGCCAACCUAGCAGCAAUGGAGAUGUGCUACUCCUCUGUCAUUGCCCCCUUAGCCCUGGCCAACCUCCUAUCAGGGAGGAAGGCCACCAUCUCCCUCACUGGCUGUGGCACCCAGAUGUUCUUCUUCAUCUUCUUGGGUGGGGCUGACUGCAUGCGUCUGGCCGUCAUGGCGUUUGAUCAGUAUGUAGCCAUCAGCCACCCGCUGCGCUACACUGUCAUCAUGAGCUGGACAGUCUGUGUGCGCCUUGUGGCUGCAUCCCUGGUGCUGGGGUUCCUGCUGGCCCUGCAGUUUACUAUUUUGCUGUUCCACCUGCUUUUCUGUGAUACUAACAAUAUCAACCACUUCUACUGUGAUGUAUUGCCUGUGCUGCAGCUGGCAUGUGCUGACACAAAGAUCCACCAGGCAGCAGUUUUUGCAGUCUGUAUCAUAAUCCUGGCCAUUCCCUUCCUGCUCAUCUGCAUCUCUUACAUCUUCAUUGUGGAUGCCAUUCUGAAAAUCCGCUCUUCAGCCGGCCGACACCGGGCCUUCUCCACCCUGCCCGUUGUCCUCCUGCAGUACGGCUGCUGUAGCUUCAUCUACCUGCACCCCAGUUCCAGCUACUCCCCACAGCAAGGCUGGGUGGUGUCCGUGGUCUACACCUUUGUGACUCCCAUGCUGAAUCCUCUGAUCUAUAGCAUGAGGAACAAGGAGCUGAAGGAUGUCCUGAGCAGAGUGCUGGGGAGGAAAGUGAUACCUCAAAUAAGUGAUAGCUUUGGAACAUCUCUCCAUAAAUGA